CUCUCUCAUCAGUAAUCGACACAGCACAGCAGACCCGGAGCCGGCCCACCCACGGUCUCUGAGAUCUCUUCCUACUUCUUCGUGGACGUGGACGUGGGCGUGGACGUAGACGUAGACGUAGUCGUAUUCCUUCCUAAAACGCCCUCGACACUUUUCUCGCCCCAAACAAAAAUGGCGGGGAUCCGAUUGCAGCCGCCGGAGGAUUCUGACAUUUCUCACCAGAGCCGAGCAACUCCUCCCGCCGCCGAUCUCGUUUCCGAUGACGAUCGCUCCAUUGCCGCCGACUCCUGGUCCAUCAAGAGCGAGUACGGUAGCACGCUUGAUGACGACCAGCGCCAUGCCGACGCCGCCGAAGCCCUUUCAGCCGGAAACUUCCGUGCCGCCUCUGAUUACAGUUCUGACAAGGAUGAACCCGAUUCUGAAGCAGAGGCAUCAAUGUUAGGUCUUCAGAGUUAUUGGGAUUCCGCAUAUGCCGAUGAGUUGACGAAUUUCCGCGAACAUGGCCAUUCCGGUGAAGUUUGGUUUGGAACUGAUGUCAUGGAAGUUGUUGCUUCUUGGACCAAAAGCUUGUGCGUUGAUAUUUCUAAAAGUCACCGUCCAAAUCAUGUUGAUGAUGAAACAUCUGAUUCUGUCGAAUAUGGUGAUAAAUAUCUUACUUCGUGGAGUGUCCUAGACAUUGGGACUGGAAAUGGUUUGCUACUUCAAGAACUAGCCAAACAAGGGUUUUCCGAUUUAACAGGAACUGAUUAUAGUGAUGGAGCAAUUGACCUUGCUCAAAAACUUGCUCAGCGUGAUGGAUGUGUUAAUAUUAACUUCUUGGUUGAUGAUGUUCUUGACACGAAGCUGGACCGGCAAUUUCAACUUGUGAUGGAUAAAGGAACUUUAGAUGCUAUUGGACUGCAUCCAGAUGGGCCUAUUAAAAGGAUGAUGUAUUGGGACUCGGUUUCAAGAUUAGUGGCUAAAGGAGGAUUAGUGGUGAUCACAUCCUGCAACAACACAAAAGAUGAAUUGGUAGAAGAAGUGGAAAGGUUUAACAAAAGAAGCAUCUGUAUCACCCAGGAGGUGGAAGAAUCCAACAAGGACCAAGAAGCGAGCAGGGUGGUGCCUCCAUUUCAGUAUUUUAGUCAUGUUCGCACCUAUCCAACGUUUGAGUUUGGCGGUUCCGUAGGAUCACGGGUUGCCACAGUUGCAUUUCUCCGUAAUUAAUGUGAACGUUCUAGCUUUAUUGUUGUUAUAAUUAACUGGUUUGAUACAUUCCAAAACAAUCAUGCAUGUGAGAAAGAUUGGAUUUACCGGACUACUCAGAUUCUUUGGUAAGCAGCCCUGAAAUCUGUUAAUUCAUUUGAAGGUGCAGGUGACUUCUUCCUACUUUUUUUCCUUUUUCUUUUUACCCUCUUCAUUUUACAGUGGGAAUUGGGGAUUAUUUGGUUUCUGAUGUACUCGACCCUCCUAAGGGGACUGAUUUGCUAUUUGCUGUUACACUUUACAAUCAUUUGUUACUACCAUGUGUAAGAUAUAUGUUUAUCAUUUUGUUUUUAA